AUGUAUAAAGUUGCAGUCAUAUCAUUAGCGAUAAUAUAUUGCACAGUAGCGGUAAAUGCCGGAGGAGGUGGUGGUGGCUAUGGUAGCUCAGGAGGGGGUAGUGGUGGUGGCUAUGGAGGUGGAAGUUUCGGCGGCUCCUAUAGUGGUGGUGGCGGCGGCGGAUAUGGUGGAGGACGUGGUGGUGGAGGAUAUGGCGGUGGAGGACGUGGUGGUAGUGGUGGACGAUAUGGAGGUCGCGGCGGUGGUGGUGGCGAUCGCGGAGGUCGCGGCGGAAACAUCAUACCGGCUGCCAUCACAACCAAACACAGUGUCGAAUAUAUUGAUGUCGAUCUACCGCAGGACGACAUCGAGCCGCAGAUUGUCGAAGUCGAUGCCGGCCAUCUACCUCUUGUCAUACAUUUUAAGUCGGCAUCGAGUCGACUACAGGUUCACCAGAGUCACGAAGGUGCCGGUGCUGGCGAAGAACAACGAACCCAAUCCGAGGACGAACCUCAUCGUCUGGUCCACGAAGUGACCAAACCUAUCAUACAAGAGGUUCACGAAGUAAUUACACCCUACAGACGGGUUAUCCAAGAGAUCCGACCGGUCGAAGAGGAAGUCAAGACUAUUGUUGCACGCGGUGAUGGUCGCCGACGUGGCGGCGAUGGUUACGAUGGCGGCGAUGGCGGUUAUGGUGGCGGUAGAAGACGCGGCGGCGGCGGUGGUGGAGGUUAUGGUGGCGGCCGAGGAGGCGGUUAUGGUGGUGGUAGUAGUAGUGGAGGAAUAACUGGCGGUUCCUAUGGAACCGGUAGCGGCGGUAGAGGAUCCUAUAGUUCGGGUGGCGGCGGCUCGGGAUCGGGUGGUAAAAGUUAUAGAGCAUAA